AUGGCUAGUUCCUCCUCCUCUGGUCUCCCUCCGUCAUCCUCGGAUGCAAUCAAGCCCGAGAGCUUUGAUGGGACUGGCUUUAAGCGCUGGCAAGCCCGUACGAGGCUGUGCUUAAUGGAGCUCAGAUUGUUCUGGGUUCUCACUGAAGAGCCGCCCGCCCCUCAAGGGGAAGCCGUGCUAGACGAGGUCGAAAGAACGCGUCUCGACGCGUUAAGGGCCCGUUGGGAGAAGGCGAAUGCCUCAGCUCUGGCACGUCUCUUGGCCGUCCUGUCGAACAGGCUGUUUGAUAUCUAUGUGGGUUUUGGGGAAGCGCGGAAAGUGUGGAUGGAGCUGAAUGACAAGUAUGCAGAAAGCGAUAACAGCAACGAGUCCUUUAUGGUGGCAAGCUAUCUGAACUUUCGCAUGGGAGAUGGCAGAUCAGUCAUGGAACAAAUCCACGAGUUACAGCUGAUCGUGCGGGACUUAGGCCAGUACGGCUGCGCCCUCCCUGAGAACUUUCAGGUUAAUGCCAUACUGGCCAAGCUGCCUACUUCUUGGCAUGACUUCGUCACUGCACGUCAACACUUAAAGCAGCGGUUGACUCUUAAUGAGCUCAUUGCUGCUAUAAAUGUCGAAGAGAAGUCAAAGGCAGGCUAUGGUGGGGUAAAGGCGCCCGCUCAAGCUAACAUUGUCGAGCACAAGAACCAUACUGGGAAGAAUGUGAAGAAAGAAAAGGUCAAGCCUGGUUAUUCCGGACCGAAGACUAAUGUUAUGAAAAGGAAGAAAAAGCCUGAGAUCGUCUGCUACGUCUGCGGUGGGUUGGAUCACAAAGCCAACAGAUGCCGCGACCGCAAAGGCAAGGGGCCGACACCUGACCAGCAAAAGGUUGCUAAAGCCCAAGUGCAUGUGGCAGUUGCAACAGCCGAUGUUUCCGGCAAAGGCGACUCCACUACUGGGGCGCAGAUGGUGGAUCCAUACUGA